GUCCGGGAGGUAGAUUUUUGGGACGUUGUCGCAACUGUACACGGCGUCUCUCAACUUUAUCAACUUUACAUGGAGACCACGAGAAGCCUGGACCACUUUUCUCCCAUACUUUUUGUAGAUUUUCUGCUCUUUAAGCGGUGAUAAUUUUGAGAAAGGAUUUAUUUUCCCCUCGGUGUCUUCAGGAGGAUCGUGUCUGAUUUCUCACAGUGCUCCGGAGGCACAGAGCUCAGUGUAUGUGCAUGUGUGAUAGCGUGUGUCUUUAACAGUCAGCGGCGUUGUAUGAAGACCGACUGUAGAAAAUAAGCUAUUACAGCCGGACCCAGUUAAAAUACUAAGUUGUAAGUGGAGGACAACCGUCCGUUCGUUUAGUUAAUAAUUAGAUAAAACUGAAUUUAACAACUCUUGGAAGGAUAUUUUUCGCAACUCCGUGGUUGUAAAACUAUUACCCAACUCGUUGGCACUACAUUAUCUUCCAGCAUGCCUUAUAACUUUCCGGCGGCAACCUGUAUCCCAGCCUUUGAAGUUCAAGUCUUCGCUUUGCAGCGUUUUUUGUGGAUUAAUCUAGGAAAUUUGGCUCACACUGGAUAUAUUUUCCUCUGAAGGUGUUUAUCAACCCGUGCUUGGUCGCACAAUGUGAUUUAUAAUGUACAGUGAGUGGUGUGCACUGUAAUAACUUGUUGGAUAUAAGGAUGAGGAUUGAUAUUGUGUUUCCAGGACCUGCCCGUCUUUGAGAGGAUACAACAGUUAAACUCCAAACCCGACUCAAAUGAGAACAUUUGUUGUGUUAUCCUAUGAAGACCAGGCUUUCUGCAACCAAUGCACACUUCAGGCUCUAACACAACACAACGUGUCUCCACGGUGCAUUUGUGCGUACGAUGUUUCACCACCCACAUUAAUGACACUGGAUAAAAGUUCAUUCACGCUUAUUUUGUCCCGGAAGAUAGAGUUUAGUGUAACGAAGCGCUUUGCUCCAUGUGGGCACUGAGGGUGUGCAUUUCUAUAACGUGUCCGGUUUGAAUAUUAACUCUGCUGCUGAAUGGAAGUUUUAGGACAUUCACGCAUGAGUUAUGAUGGCAAACCUCCAACUUUAAAACUUUGGAUUGUAUCUGAUUUGUAGUAGUCGUCGAGGCUGAGGGAAGAAGUGGGACGCAUUUAUACGUAUUUCUUCGUUUUGUCUCUCCGCGGUGCUUGCCUGCUUUGAAGUCCACCAUGUGCGGCCGGGCACCGCCGCUACAGCCGAGGCCAUGACCGUCCCUCAGCGGCGCCUGGCCGGGCUCUGGCCGUGGCUGCUCAUGGCGGCCCUGCAGGUGGUGCUGGGCCAGCCGGGCCUGGAGUCCGAGCGGCCGGCCCUGCGAGCCGUCAUCAAGGUGGCACUGCUGAAUCAAGAGCCGGCAGGGAAGCCCAUCACUCUGGAGGGGGUGUUCGUGGGAGGAAGCGCCGGCUACGCGGAGGGGAAACUCAUGCAGUAUCACCCUCUGUCUCUGUGCAACACGAGUGAGGAUGAACGACAAGACAGCGACUUCAUCACCAUUGUCAAGCUGGAGCACAGGGUCCCCCGCUGUCUGCCGCUGCUCGAUAAGGCUCGCAUGGCUCUGGAUAAAGGAGCUCAGGCUGUUAUCUUUGAUGUCAGUGAUGAUGCCAACGCUGCCGUCGAGCUGCGGGAAACAGAUUCUCUCCCUCGUCCGGUGGUGCUGGUGGAGGCUGAGGACGCUGAGGAGCUGAUGGGUUUGGUCAACAAGAACGAGGAGGCCAAAGUCCGCAUUGAGAUCCUUGUGGAGCAGCCCAGAUGGCCACAUUAUGACGUGGGUAUCCUGCUUACCAUCGUCCUUGCCAUUCUGACCAUAGUUCUCAUCUUUGCUUUCCGCUACAAGUGCAAGUCCAACAGAACCUGGGACUCAGUCCACCAGCAGACCAUGCGGGCCAUUAGUCGUCUGGAGACAAAAACCUACAACUCUCAGGGCUGCUCCAGCUCUCAGCGCCAUCAUGCAGCCUGGGGUUCAGCCAGCAGCUCCAACUCCAGCCCUGUCUGUGCUAUCUGUCUGGAGGAGUUCCAGGAUGGGCAGCAUCUGAGGAUCAUCUCCUGUGCUCAUGAGUUCCACAAAGACUGUGUGGAUCCCUGGCUGCUUCAGCACCGCACCUGUCCCCUCUGCAUGCACAACAUCAUGGGUGAGGAGAAGCUUGGUAACAGGACGGAGCGGCAACAGCAGAGGACCCGCCUCCAGCAGAGUCCAGAGCAGAGCCAGGGCUUCCUGCAUGGUCAGCCUUUCAGCAGCCCUCGCAACCACCCCUUCCCCCAGCAUGCCAUCCCCUUCUCUAUGAGGCCUCUCUACCCUAGGGGUCCCUCAGGACCCUAUCCUUCUCUGGCCCACUACACUGGCUCUUCUCCCAGAGACACUCAGACUGUACGUUUCCUCACCAGCAGGCCACUCGGCUCCUCCUGUGGGUACCACAUCCCUGCAGAGGGCCCUGGAAGACCCCACAGGAUGGGAGCUAACUGCAGGACUUCCUCCCACCACUACAACCCCCGCCGCUCCUGCCACAACUACCGCUCAUCCUGUCCGGCUCAGCGGAGUGUGUCCAGCUCCAGACUGCAGCACUCUGCCUCUGCCACCCCACAACCACGUGGAGCUCCGCCCCACAGCCGGCAGGAUGAGGGCAGCUGCUCGGGCGGGAGCUACCACACGGAGCGCAGUGGGUACUUAGCCGACGGACCAGCAAGUGACUCCAGCUCAGGGCCCUGUCACGGCUCCUCCAGUGACUCGGUUUUAAACUGUACAGACGUGUCUCUGCAGGGGGUUUACGGCAGCUGGUCCACAGUUCGUAGCUCUUUAAGCAGUGACUACGAUCCUUUUGUGUAUUAUGGGCCCAGUCCUGGGCGAGCCCCCCGCAGGAACAGUUUAGAGGCGUGCACCCAGGCCCGGCCCAGGUCUCUGGAUUCAGUGGUAAACAAAGCAGGCUGCCCUGAGGAGCAGCCGCAGACUGUGUUCAGCCACAUUCACUACCACCGACACAGACACCACCACUACGAGGAGGGGGAGCACGGCCAGGGCCUGAGCAGGGGCUCAGAUGAGGAGCAGGGGGCCGCCGCUGCUCCUGCUGCUUCAUCUCCUCUUCUCCAGGACAAAGACUCACCUUUGGGCUCUCCUAAACACAGCCCCUGUCAGUGCCCAAAGCCAGACCCCACAGACCGGCCCAGUCCUGUGACAGACUGUCAGGACCAUGACCCCAGCAGCCCCUCAGGACCUCAAGUGCUUGUGUCCCCCCUCCCCUUACAGCUUCAGCCCCACUACUGCCACCAGGGGCACCCACACCCCUCUGCGCCUCUAGGACGAGUAGGGGCCUGUGUGCUGGAUGGCCCCUCUGUUCGCUUCCACCAGAGUCUGGACCUGCAGGAUGAUCGGAGUAUCCACAUCCAUUAUGGUCAGGGUCCUGGUUUUUGCUGCUCCCCUCCUGAGCUGCACCCUGCCCUGCUCCCUGUACCCGUCAUCCUGGACUCUGGGGGUAUGGAGGACUGGCCAUGUUGUGCUGGGCCCCAUGUCGUAUGGCAAAAGCGGGUGCAGCAGGCCCGCUCGGAGCCUCAGCUCCUUGGGCCAGGGACUUCUAUGGACAGACCGGCCUGCAGGUUUCAUCACAGCCCCGCUUCUGAACGCAACACAGACAUUUGUUUGUACUGCCAAACUUUACACCACAAUCAGGGAUCAGAAGAGGAGUCCGGUGUGUGAAAACUUGUUGCAUCCCCGUUAUCUCGCUGCUACAGGAGCCAGAAUGGACAAGCCUCUCAUUGGCUUAUAGCUCUCAUGUCUCUCAUUUUUCUGCCAGAAAUGCUUUCAAGAAGAUGAUCCCCUCAGAAUUAACUUACUAAAGUAA